AUGAAGCUGCUCGUCCUGGGGUUCCUGCUGCAGGUGUUUGGGAACAGGGCCAGAGGAGAGGUGGUGCAGUCUUUUAAUAAUACAUGUCCUGAUUUCUUUAUCCCAAAACCGUCAGACCAAAAUGUCCACUACCCCCCCACUGUUCUUCAAGAUGACCAAAAUCCAAACCGAUACCAGCAGAUUUGCCAGCGCUGGCAAGGAUCCUACAGGUACGCCACUCUGUAUGACACGAAGGCCAGGAUCCCGGUGUACUCUGCUUAUUACUAUGUGGGAUAUCAUAAGGUAGACAAAGCUGACUGGAAGAUCGAACCACAGCUUGAUGACCCCAAUGGAGGACCUGAUAUGGAACGAGAGAACCCUGAGAUGAUAGACAAAGGUAAAAACCAGGCAAUAUAUGAUGAUUACUCUUCACCUCGUGCAGAAGGUUAUACGAGGGGGCACCUUUUCCCACGCUGCCACAAUAACGAGCAGGACUGCGCCAUUGCUACCUACACACACACUAAUGCCGUUCCACAAACUCAAGAUGUCAACAAUGAAUGGGGUACAAAGGUGGAGAAGAAAAUGGAGAAAUUUAUAAAGGAUAACUGUGAUAAGGACUUUGCGCAUGUUGUGACUGGAGCAGUACCAGGCAAGACCUGGCUGGUGAUUAAGGCUGGAGUCAAUAUCCCAGACCACUUCUGGACCGCCUGCUGCUGUCAGUCCAAAAACAUCGACCAUACUUUCUUGUCAGUUGCCUGGCUAGCCCAAAGAAAAGAUAAAGAUCUGGAAGUACACCAAGAUGAAGAUCUGGAGAAAUUCAAAGAUGGCGAUCUAAUCGUGCGCAAAAAGACACUGCAGCAGCUGGAGGAGGAUCUCAAAGGUCUUUACAUGAACUCCGUAGAAGAAUUUAGAAUAUUUGGAGAAUUGUGCCGUGAAAAUGCCAAACCCAACUUUUUAAAUACUCUGAUUGACUCUGUUUUUUUCUUCUUUACUACUUAA